AUGACGCAGCACCGGCGACUGCGGGUGCUGGCCACGCACAGCUUCAGGACCAGCGGCAAGAUCUUCAGCGAGCAGAUGCAACGGGCCGGGCUGGACAAGGCGCUGGAGGACCUGAUCGAGGUGUGCUACAUAGACGCGCCCAACGCCGCCAGCGGGCCCAUCCCCGACGACGUGGCGCCCUACUUCCAGGGACCCUACCACGAGUGGUGGAACGCCAGCCGGGAUGAGCAGGGGGCGUGGACGUACGAGGGCUGGCAGCGCUCGGUGGCGGCGAUGGAGGAGGCGCUGCGGCGCCACGGGCCGUUUGACGGCCUGAUGGGCUUCUCCCAGGCACGGCCGCUGGGCUGGGCUGGGCAGGCGUUCAAAGCGUGGUUCACUGGCCGGCCGGGCGGCGCCAUGGCCUCGCUGGCCAUCGGCAUGCAGCGCAGCGGCUUCGCCUUCAAGGACACGCCACCACUGCGCUUCUGCAUCUGCUUUGCGGGCAUCAGAGUGCGCGAUCCCCAGCUGGAGUGCUUUUACGAAGCCAUGCGCCCCGCCCCCUCCCUGCACAUCAUAGGAGACAGGGACCCGGUCAAGCGGCUGACCAACCAGCUCAUCGCUUCCUUUGACCACCCGGUCGUCAUCAACCACACCCGCGGCCACGUCAUCCCCGCGAUGCAGCCGCCCGACCUCCAGCGCCUGCGCGCCUUCCUGCACGCGCAGCUGCAAGAGGCCAGCCUGUAG